CAUGUUCUCUGUUAUUUCUCUACCGAAGAAUGAUAAUAUUCUCAUGGACUAUGCUGUUUCAGAAUUAUCGACGAAUACACAAGAAGUUUUAGUCUUGAUUGGAAAAUAAACAACUCGCUUAUCCAAGAUUUGCGCUACCCGCUGGGGCGGGCGGCCUGAUAGUGUGCAUUAGACUAGUGACUGCGUCCUCUCUGGGUGUCUUUUUGAAACGAAUAUUUUCAGCCAAAUCAGAAAACGAACUGAGACGAGUACAAGCUUUCACUGAAGACCAUGUCUGCUUUACGAAGCUCAUCCUACUAUCGAGUCCUGCUCAUCCUUCUUUUUGCAGUAGGAGCACACGGCGAUGGUGUAGGUCUAAUUGGCUGGGGGAAGACGUUGUAUAACCCCACAUGUACAUUUGCGUGCCGAUAUGCAAUUCGAAGUCAACUGCUAACGUGCACACCAACCGAGAGCACAGAGACAUUUGGCACAGCACAUCAUUCCGUCAAAACUCCUCCAAGCUGUUAUGUCACCGAUCCAGUGUUCAUGAAGACAAUGGCCCUCUGCAUAGACACGUAUUGCCGUUUAGCCGGCAACCCAUCUUUCAGUCUGUUGGAGAGUUACUGGGCGGGACAUCUCGCUACCGGAACAUUAGGCACCUCGAAAUAUGUACCGACCAUGUCGUAUCAAGAAGCUCUGGCUGCCGCUCGAGUAGACGAGGCUCGCGCCGCUAAUGGGAUGAAUGUGACCAUUGGGAAUACCACAAGUGGACAUCAUUCACAUAUGAAGCUCAAGAUCAGGCACGACAGUCAUGGCUCUUCUUCAUCAUCUGGCAUGAAAGUUUUUGACGUGUCCAGCCCACUUCCAAUGACAGUCGGUGGCAAGGUCAUGCUAAAUGUCACGAGUUUUAUCGAUCCCGAAACAUGGCAGAUGGGGUAUAACUACAUGUAUGACUUCGAAGUAAACGAAGCCGGACAUUCAACUGUGACGAUUGUCAUCACGAUUGUAGGAAUCUUCCUCCCAAUCUUCCUUUCGUUGCUACGCUUUGUCCCUGGUCUGUCGAAAAACUCAAUGUGGAAUGAAAUCCAGAGACGAAUCAUCUAUUCAGCAACCUGGGGAUCUAAUCACCGUGUACCCGUCGCUGGAGCCAUCAUACCUACACGCGGUCAAGCUAUGUACAUCUUUCUGAUUAGCUUCCUCAACCUUAUUUUGCUCCUCACGCCAUACGUCUACCACCGACCCCAAGCCAGCUUUCUCACCCGUGGCGCUCAAACGCUCAGCAUUGUGGGUAAUCGAGCAGGUUCCAUGGCGAUGGGAAACGUCGCUGUACUAUUUCUCUUCGCGGCAAGAAACAGCCCACUGCUUUACAUCACCGACUGGAGCUAUGGUACUUACCUCCUACUGCAUCGUUGGCUCGGAUACUGGGCGAUCAUACAGACGAUCAUACAUUCGUUCAUGCUGAUGGCAUAUUACAUGGCCAAAGAUAUGUACAAAGCAGAGUUUGCACGGGAUUAUUGGACUUGGGGCAUUGUCGCCACUGUCUGCGUAUGCGCCAUGCUUCCCUUCUCCCAUCUGUGGGUGCGUCAGAAAUUCUAUGAAUUUUUCCUUCUGACACACAUCGCAUUGUCUCUGUUGUUUCUCAUCGGCUAUUAUUACCAUAUUUGGUAUCUCUACACAUACAAUUGGGGCUACGAGAUAUGGAUGUUUGUGGCCGGUGGAAUCUGGGGAGCCGAUCGCCUGAUUCGCGUCUUACGUAUGGCAAUGCAAGGCAGUCGUACAGCCAUCGUGACUGCAAUCAAGGACGUCGAAGGCGAUUAUAUCCGCAUCGAUAUCCAAGGCAAGGAGCUCAAGGGCGGGGUAGCAUAUCUUUGCUUCCCAACACUUGGCUGGCGUUUCUGGGAGACACAUCCCUUCUCGGUAGCUUUCACCCCUGGAAACAUCCCAGAGGAGACUCCAAGCCCAGGCCAGGCUCCAGCAUCUACAUCCGAGGACAGUACACCCAACCAGGAGAAGUCAGAGCCUACUGUCAGCGCCGUUCGAGCUGUUAGCAACACGUCGGCAUCAGGAGCACACAGUACCACGACCUUCAUUGCACGGGCUCGCGCUGGGGUCACAAAACAGCUCCUGGCCCGCGUGACUAAAGAUAACGGUUCAGCUCGCAUUCGGGUUCUAAUCGACGGACCAUAUCACCAUUCCGGCCAAGUCAGCUCUCAGCUUUCUCCCUGCAGCAAUAUCUUGUAUAUUGCCGGUGGUGUAGGAAUCACUGCUUGUCUUCCAUAUCUAAAGAAGAACGCAGAUAAACCGGCAAAACUACUUUGGUCGACCCGAACGAGCGGGCUGGUAACUGAGCUGCGACCUGUUCUAGCUGCUUUGCCAAGUAACGUACAGGUCGAGACAAGCAUCGGGAAACGCUUUGAUCUCGAUGCUGUUCUCAGUCAAGAAUUGACCAAGUCUACAAAAGGCGGGAGCGGAUUGGUCGGGGUUGUGGUUUGUGGGCCUCCAGGCCUGGCGGAUGAUGUGCGACGGAAGCUUUCUGAUGUAUCGACGAGGAAUUUGAUGGCUAGGCCUUAUAUACUUGUUGAUGAGGCCUUCUCUUGGUAGUUGGAUUCUGCUGAAAUUUUAUGCAAUUGCAUACUUAAA